AUGGGUAGUUACAAACCGAGCGUUUUGGAUUUGACCAAGGCCGAUUUCGACGUGGACGCCUACGUCGCAAGGCUUCUCAAAGAGAAAUCAUUGGACGAUCUGGUAAAAGAGGAAGAAGAGAUGGUGGCUUCGGUUAGUUGGCUUUUAUUUAUAAAUAUCUAAUAUUAUUUCUUUUUUUUUUUCAGGUCCGACGCUUAGAUUCCGACGUCCACCAGAUAGUUUACGAAAACUAUAACAAGUUUUUGACGGCCACCAAUACGGUCAGGAAAAUUCAGGACGAGUUUAAUCAGCUCGACACGGUACACUUUUUGUUUUGUCGGUAAAAUGAACAGAAUUUUUAGGAGAUGGAAUCUCUGAGCUCGAGCAUGAAAAAUAUAUCAGCGUUGAUAGGCGAUUUGGGAGGAGUUCUGGGCGAUAAACGGGAAGAUAUCUUGCAAUUGGGAAGUUCCUACAAGGUCGUCAAGAGUUUGAAGCACAUUUUUGAUCUUCCAUCGGUGUUGCAGGUUGUUUUAGAUUCAUAAUAUAAUAAAAAUAAUUUUUUUGAAGAGCCACCACGAUGAGAGAAAUUACGGAGAAGUGAUCCGUCUUUACAAGCUCGCCAGUGCUUCUUUAUCUCAGUUUUCCGACGUUGAGACGGUGAAAAGGGUUUUGGAACGGAGCGAGAGGGUUUAUAAAACGACGGAGGAACAGGUUGGGUCUUUUUUCGGAAAAUGAAACGUGUUGAAGGCGAUUUUCUGUUUUGAGGGUCAUGUCUUUUGCGAUUCUUGCGCUCUUUUUUGCUUUUUGAUAAGAAAAAUCUCUCUCUUUUUACGUUUUAGUUAUUUUUAGGUUUUUUCGAGGGCCGAAUCGUCAAUCUAGCGGCUCAGCAAAAAAAGCGCAAUUUCUUUAAUUGUCAAACUUUUUUUACGACAAAAAAAUAGCGUUUUUUUGCUCUUUUUUUCCUACGUAAAAUUCAACAAAAAAACGGUAAUUUUACAAGAAAAAAAGUUUUUCUAUUGAUAAAUUUUAGUGAAAAUGAAUUUUUUUAUGAAGAUUUUUAAAGUUUUUAAACGAUGCCUGGCCCAAUACCGGGCCGGCCCAGGUCGCCCGGCCUCCCGCCCAUGCCCUAAUCGAAGCUAGUUUCAAAAUGCAAGGAAACUUGUUUAUAUGUAUUAAAAAAGCUGUUAAAAGACCUUAAAAAUGAGUUCUCAAAACUUGGAAAUCCUCAAAAUGACUAAAAUUUCCUUCUAAGCUCUUUUUUUCAAGUUUCUCCACAACAAAGAGACUUAUACCCCCUUAAAGCAAAAUAACGGCUCACUUUCUGUUUUAUCGUGUAAGUCGGGAUUAAAUUUCAGCUGAUGGAGCAAUUGAAAAACCCGGCGUCGAGCACCGAAUCCGUCACGAAUGCUGUCGAUUUGCUGAUGAACAUUGGGAGGAAUCGAGACGAAGUCGGAUUUUCUUCAGAAUCUCAUUUCGAAGGAGCUCAUUCAGGUCCACAAAGUGUUGCUGAAUUGUUCCCAACAGUCGCUUCAAAGCGACCUUCGGGAGUUGGACGUGAACCACGCGGAUGUUCUCGAUCUUGUCGACAAGUUUGUUUCAGAUUUAGUUUUUUAUUUGGAAGUCCUUGGGCAAAACAUAAAAGCUCCUCAAAAGGUUGUUUCGAACAAAAAAGCUUCUAAGGGUCUCCAACAGGAACUCUACUUUUGCAUAUUUUCCCUUUUUUUAAUGGAAAUUUCUGGAAAGCAACCAAAAAGGGAUUUCAAAAAGGAUCAUCUGACUAGGGAACUACUCGAACUCGGGUACGCGGAUCGAGUUCACACUUUAGUGGUUUAUAGACCUAAGUGAGAAUGCCUGAAAACAAGUGAGAAUAUCUGCCAAACCCAAUAGAGAACUGAGAAAAAAAUUAGUAGAAAAUGUGAAAAAUUAGGCCUGAAAAAUUUUUCAGAAUACUUAUUUUUUUACCUUAUUUUAUAUUUUAAUCUAUUCGCUUUGAAUGAUCCGGCUACGAUAAACUUAAAAAAAACUUUUUUUCCAGCCAAAAGAAGAAGGAAAAACAAAAAUUUAAUUAUUUUUUUCAAGCCUAAGCUGUUCAUUUUCAAAAAACUUUUUCUCAGAAGCCCAUGGGGUUUAGCAGAUAAUCUCUCAUGUUUCCAAGUACUCUCACCCGGGUCUAUAAGCCAUUAAAGUUUCAACUCGAAACGCGUACCCGAGUCCGAGUAGUUCCUUAGUGAGGCUUUCUCGCAUGAUUUUAGGAGCUUUUUGGACUUUUUAGCUCCUUCUGAGGGCCCUCAAAGGAAUUUUCUUGUUUUAACUAUGCUAUAAGUAAUCCAGAAAAAGGAAAAAUUUGAACAGGUUAAGUAUUUUUCAUGAAUUUUCAAUAUUUCGAUCUUUUUUCCCAUGUUAGAACCAUUAUUCAGCCAAAUUUUACAGCCUUUCAAAAAUAGUUUAUUGGAGUCUCACCAUAAACAGAAAAAUUAAGAAAAUCUUUAAAAAAAUGGCAAGAAUAUUGGAAACUUGAGUGGGUGCAUGAAAAGCCAAUGUGACAGAAAUGAUUUACCAGAAAGAAUUUUUUAUUUUGAGUCAUUUUCAAAUUGAUUAUCCCUGACUCUCCCGAAUUCGGUUAUCUUUUUUUACUCUCUGAAAGUUAUUCUGAACUUUUCGGAAUCACUUAUGGACAUAGAAACAGGGAUUCGCUUCAAAAAUGAUGUUGCGACUUUUUUUCCAUAAUAUUUACAUUUUUUUAGGGGCUGCGGAUCGUUUAUCCCGAAUUUGACGUUAAUCGCAACCACACACGAUCGACUUUUCCCCGACAAGCAGGACCAAAUGUUGGCCAUGAUCAAGGUUUGAAAGCUUAUUCAACCUGGUCAGAUGUUAAAAUUGAAAAAAUUGGUGAAUUCUCUAGAUUUCAUUCUUUUUUUUUCAACCUCAUGAGCUUUCAAAAGUGUUCAUUCUUCAAUUCUUUCUUUCUUUUUCCAAUCUUGCAUAGGACAGCGUUCGAUAAGAAAUUACAGAAGUGUAUUCGCGACUUAAAAAAAAGAAUAAUUUAAAAUUUUUUUUGAAGAGUGAAUCUUAAGCUGAACGAAAAACAAUCAUUUUUCUUCAUUUUCAAAUGUUUUUGAAACGUAUUCUGGAUCGGUUUUGCAAAAUGUUCGAAAUAACGGUCAGAGAGGGAAGAAAGAUAAAUACAUUUUUGGAGAGUCAGAGAUAUUUUUUUGAUAACGUGAUAUCAACGGGAAGCAAACAUUUUUUGGUAUUUUUUUUCUGAGAUUCACGAAAAGGGAACAUUUAAGGAAAAAAAAGGAAAAAAAUUAAGUAGUUUAAUUUUUUUGUAGCAUUUUUUUAACUGAGUUUUUAAAAAUUUGUCUCAAACCUGGUUUUUUUCUCUCCCAAAAUUUCCGAAAAAAAUGCAUAUUUCGAAGAAAAAUUUUUUUGUAAUUACAUUUUUGUUAAAACAAGCUCAUUUCAAUAGGGAAAAAAAGACCAAGAAAUUAAAACAGUAGUACUUUUUUGAACAGCAAAAAAUUUGUUUCGAAUCAAUUUUUUUCGAUUUCACUUCAUUGUAAUUUUCAAAAAAAGCGGUAAUUUUGAAGCGAAAUUUGAAUUAUUUCACACUUUGUCAGAGAAAAAAAUCAAAGAGAUUUAUAUUCUGCAAUUUCCUCUGUUUUUUUCUUCAAACUUUUUGAAAAAAAGAUGCGUUUUUGAAACAGAAUUUUGAAAUGGAUGCCCGAAUUGAAAAGGGACGGAAUUGAAAAAAAAAUUUUUUCUAAUCACGGUAUCAAAAUUCGUGUCCAAUUGAGUUUUUUCGAUUUUUUUUUCGUCUAUAUUUUUCGGAAAAAAAGCGAUUUUUUUGACAGAAUUUUGAAGUAAACUCACACUUAGACAAGAAAAAAAAUCAACAAGUUUGAAAUUACUAAUUUUUUUGAGCUCACGGUAUUAAAACUUGUCUGAAACCGGGUUUUUUUCUUUUGACAUUUUCAAAAAAAGACACUUUUUGAAGUAAAAAUUCAUUUUAUAUACGGAAUGAACCCCAAAAAAAGAGAACCUAAGAUUUUCCCAAGGAAAAGUCAUUAAAGAUAGAGCUGGACGCAUUCCACUCGUUGGUUUCCCGAGUUUUCCUCUCCUCCAACGACGCCAAAGAUUGCUCGAUCGUCGUGAGGGCCCUCGACAGGUACUACCGCAAGAUUUCUACCUGUCGACACGUGGUUUCAGGUAACUCAGGUGGAAUUCCAAUAAAAAACGGCCUUUUUCAGGCCUUGAGUUCUCCAAACCAACGAUUGAUUUGAUCAACGAAGUUUCGAUCCAUGAAAUCGAUCUUUCAUUGACUCGGAUUCAGGAAGAGUUGCGGAACGUCCUGAAUGAGGUUGGGAGUUGAAAAGUUCGAGAAAAAGAUUUCCUUUGAUCUUAGGAGUUCUAGAGUGGUCCUUAUAGGAGUUAGGAGAACAAGCAGCCUUUCUAAAGACCGAAAAAGUGGUCCCUAUAGGAGAAAAAUCAAGGUGGUUGCCAUAGGGUCUGACACAUUAGCUCCUAAAGGUCUCUAAAAACAGAAUAAUCGACCAGCUAGUCCCCUAUAGAGGCCACUAACUAAAACCCCUAUGCAAGCUUAAGUGGCCCCUAUAGGGGUUGAUAUAGUGAUCAUCAGAAGAACCUCUCCAAGGGUCCCCCAUAGAGACCCAAAAAGGGGUCCAUAGGGGUAAAAUCUAGGUGGUCCCUAUAGGGGUCACUUUUGAAAGCUUUAGUGGAUCCUAUAGGGAAUGGUUUAGGGGUUACUAAAGGGGUCCCUUCAAGGGCUCCUUUAGGGAAUAAUCUGGCGUUUUUGAGUAGAACAGUUGUUGAAUCAGAAAGAAUCUGCUGAUUGAAUGAAUUUGAUGAAAAAAAAAAACAGUAUUUUCGUUAAAAAAAAAAUGUGACAUUAAUUUUGGACUGUUUUUUUCCAUUUUUCAAGCACAUAGUUUUAAAAAUCGAGGCUUUUUAAAAUCGACAGGAAUCUCUUGGAAAUUCAGAAAAAGAUGAAUUUUUCGGAACAUCAACCAUAUCGAAAUAUGUUUUAUGCUUUUUAAUUAUAGAAAUAAAUAUCUUGGAAGGCAAAAAAAUGAAGAAUUAAUGAGGGUAAAUCUCCAUUUCGAGGCAUUCUUUUAAAAAAAUUUCUAUAAAUUGAAACAGUUCGCGACAUUUUUCUGACAUUUCUGAAGCUUUUUAGGAAGAAUUUUCAUAAAAUUCAUAACAAAAAACGCCUUUUUGUGACGAAAAAUCAGUUUUUUCAAGUCCCGGCAAGCGUUGAACAACGAUUCCAAGGAUCUGGCCGCGUUGGCCUCGAAAAUCGAGCACACUUUCGCGUUUCAAGUCAAGGUAUGGACUGUUUUCUCUGAAACCUGUAAAAUUCGAACGUUCCCAGACGGCCUUAGCCAAUCUGUUGCUGUUCACGGCGAGUGACGUCACUUUCUCGGCCCUCCCGCCGGAACUUUUCCACCUCAGCUUCGCCCAGAACGCCCAUGAACGGCUGCUCGUUCAGGCUUUCGACAAGCUGCUCCAGCUCGCCGAUGAUUACGGUAGGAUUACGGUAGAUUAGAAAUCAUGGCGGAGUACAGUAGGGCCGAUUUUUUUGGUUCCUAACAGCUUGAUAACUCUCUUCUUUGCUUGAUAUUGCCUGAAUCGCCCAAAAAUCCCGGUUUUUUAGAGGCGCAUGUGUAGAGACAGGCCGUGAAUUUUGUAGAGAAGGGUACUGUAUUUCGGAAGAAAAUAAAAAACGUGAGAAAAAAGGCGUAGUUUUUCGUUGAAACUGUUCACAGAAAAUGACGUCACUUACUUUUUAAAGGCGCAUAGAGAGAAACAGGCUCAAUUUUUCAAAGUUUGACCGAUUUUUCAGACCUGAAGACGUAUGGAAAAAAUUUUUUCUUUAUUUUUGAUUUCAGUUAAGUUAUGUCCUCACUAAACUUUCUUCAUUUUUUUGCAUUUUUUUAUACCCAAAAAGUUUGAAUGAAGUUAUAGCCAAAAAAACAGCCUUGAGGAUGGGUUGAACGGGAAAAAGGGCAAAGGUUCUAGUAAAAAGGCUUUUUUUCACAAACCAGAGAAAUUUAGAAAUUAUUGAAAAUUUGGCUUGAAUUUUUUUGAUCAUGUUAGGGUUACGAAAAGCUUUAUUUAGAAAAAAAUCAACUUUUUUUCAAUUUUUUUGGAUUUCUGUCCUGUAUUUAUAUUUAUUAACAUUCUGUGUUUACUCUUCAAGAUUUUUGUAUAUUUUUUUCAGCCGAUGCGAAAGGAGACCUCCGUUUCGUCAGCCCGAACCUUCUUCUCGUCUUCGCUUUCGCUCUCCAGCACCUGUCCAACAAAUCGGCCGUCUACCUGUUGAACUUGUGCCGAGAGCAAUUUGCCUUGGCUGCCGCUUCUGAUAAAUUGACCAGUGGGUUUUUAUUUUCUCCUUCAAAUCCAAUGCUAAUUUUCACUUGAUCAUUCUUCUGACCUUCUCAUUCUCUCUUCAUCCUUUGCUGCUUUUUAUUUAUUUUUUUAAAUCUUUUUUUAUUUAUUUAUUUAUUUAUUUUUAUUCUUUUUAUGAAUCCUUUUUGAAUAGCCCUGCACACCGAUUUUCAGAUUCCAUAAAAAUCUCAGCCUUUUAGGUGCGACAAAAGUAACGACCGAUUUGAAACUCCGAGCCCAAAAGUUGGUCCGAGGCUACGCGGAACGGAACGGCCACGAAAUCGGCGAGCACCUUUCCAAAGGUUGCGAGGUCCUCUACCAGCCCUCGACUUCUCCGUCUUCCGUGAGGUUCGUACCUUUGGCAAAAUCGAAGGAGUCGAAAAAUGUUGCUAGAAGGGUCCCAUUUGUCAAAGCAACUUAGGAGGACAGGAUGAUUGUUUUUUGGAAAUUUAGGCCGUGAAGGCGAUAGUUUUUUGGAAAAUUAGGCCACCAAGACGACAGUUUUUGGAAAUUUAGGCCGUGAAAGCGAUAUUUUUCGGAAAUCUCGGCUGUAAAGAUUUAGGCUAUUUAGAAGAUAGUUUUUUUUUUGGAAACUUAGGCCACCAAGACGACAAUUUUUUGGAAAUUCAGGCCAUGAAGUUUUAGGCCGUUCAGAAGAUCUUUUUGAAACUGUGCAAAAGCUCCUUAUUUUUGAGAAAAAUUUAUCCAGAUUUUUUUAGAAGAAUGUUUAGGGAACCUUUUACGGUUCAUUUAACUUUUCGCUAGAAAGUUUGGACCCCGCCCCUCUUAUUUAUUGCAAAUUUGAUAGACACGUGAUGAUGACUUGUAACCAGAUUUUUGCUGAAAAGUUUCAGACUGUCGUAUUUUUUCAGGUCGGCAGUUCGAAGAGCCGUUGAAGAAUCGUUGGCUUGCGACCAGGAGCUGACCCAGUUACUUGGUGGCGAGAGUAAGGUCAAAGAAACUAAAACGAGGUAAGAAAUUAAUAAAUAUACAUUUAGAUUCCGUGUAAAUACUAGGCUAUACUUAUCCUAUCACCAAUUUUUCGUAUGGCACUCAAUUUUUUUCUCGAUCUUUUCGGAGACUUUUAAGUAGUCUUUUGAAGAUUUUGGCGAGUUUUCAGUACCUCAAAGCAGUUGGUUUGAGUUUUUUUAAGAGAAAAAAACUUUGUAUAAACAAGUUUCUUCAAAAUGAGAAGAAUAGCCAUCUUGGUAUGAAUUUAAUUUUGAAAAAAAAAUGGAAAGUUUUGAAAAAUUUCGAAGAUUUUUAUAUAUCUAUUUCUCUGAAUAUCUGUUUUUCAUCGAUUCGGUUGAGGUUUUAUAAAGAAAAAGCUGAAAAAUUGGUGCUACAACAAGUCUGAAUUUUCUGAAAGGUACGGUAUGUAAAAGUCCGCAUUUGGCGUGUGCGCGUUUGCACUUUUGACUGGUUUAUCUACGCGUUUUUUUCUAUUUUUCGUUCUAUAUUUUUAUUGAAAUGGAUUAAACUAUAUUCAUUCUUACUUAUUAUAAAUCGAAAAGGAAAAAAAAAAAACAGAAAUGGGACUACUAAAUUGUGCAAACACAAUCACGGACUUUUACAUACAGUACUCCUCGGAAAAAGGGAAAUUCGCUCAUGUCUUUUUUUUUUCACCGAAAAAUUGACAUCUUCAGCCGUCGCCUGGGCGCCGGCGGAUUGGAGGCGGCGCGCGACUCUUUGUGGUGUGAGCGGAUUGAUUUCCAUCAACAGAUUCAUGUUCGUUUUUCUAGUAUAGUCUGUGUGCCAAGACUUGAAAUUUCACGGAACGACAUUCCGCUGUUCCGCUGCGUGCGUUCGCGAAGCGUCUUUCGAACGCUUCCAAUUGAUUGUUAUUGCUGUGGGAGCACUUGAAAGUAGAGUACCUUAAUAAAAGUAAAAAAAAAAUGCGCGACCGAGGUUCGCAAAGGCGCGCAACGGCCCUGCGAAAUGUCGUUUGGUAAAAUUCCAAGUCGCCCAACUCCUCAAAAAAUGAAUAUUUAUGCAGUUCAACAAAGCGUCGAUUAUGUCCGCGAUUGUCAAGGUUCUGUUGAAAAUCUUCACCGAGACGAUCCGACUUCAGACCUACAGCAAGUUUGGCAUCGAACAGAUUCAAGUGGGUCUUUUUGAAUGAAAAAAGGAGCUUUUAAACAUUUUUGGCUGUUUUUAUUGAUUUUCUGUAGUUUUAUCUCAUCUCAAUUCCAUUUUUGUAUGAUCAGUUUAUUAUAUUUUUCAAGAAAUCUUGCGAAAAAAUUUAUCUUUGAUGAAAAUACCAUUUUCGCAGUAUUUGGGUCUCGAAACGAAAACGCAAAAAACAGCUCUGGUUACGGUAUUUUUCUUCUCUGCGUGUUACCGCGCAGAAUAGGUGCACCCGACCUUGAGCGACUUCCAUGAUGUCAUGCUUUAGAAUGCCAACGCGCGUAAGUAGUUUACAGUCGGCUGCAAGAGUGUUUCAAGUUGUUCCGAGUUUUUGAUCAUUUUUUUUUGAUUCCUAAGAACUUUCGUCUUUUCUCUGAAUUUCUGUCUUUGAUCACGAAAAUCACAAAUUUCUUGAUGUUUCUGAUUGAAAUGAUUCGAUAAUAUAACGGAGAAACGCUUUUUUCGAAUCUCAGUGCGAAAUGUUGUAAACAUUGCAAAGUCAGCGGCUUCGAAUCAAUCGAAACGUUCGAUUUCAAACAAAGAGACGGCGAUUUUUGACCUCAACUGAUGCAAUUUCGAGUGUUCUCUCCCUUCUUUUCGCACUUUUGUGUUGACUUUUUGUCCGGGAUACCUUUUGGUUUUGUCUUUUCUUGCUUUUUUUUUGGCAAAACUUGUAUUUUUUCUCUACUACGGGUUCACAAGUCACAGUGUUUUCACGUGGAGCGGAGAGUAACAUUUUUGAAGCUGGCUUUGGAGCGCGAAAUUCAAAAUUUCUCACCAUUUUUUUGGUCAAUUUCGCCCAUUUUUUUCGAUAUUUAUUUCGUUAAUAAAAUUGAGAUUGAGUAUUCGUGAAUUGGGACCGACUUUCCCAUAGACUAGAGCAUAAUACGCGUUUUUCUAAAGUGACUUUUUGAGACAUUUUAAACUUAUCCCCAUAAAAAAGUUGGAUUUAUUUGAAGAUAAAUGAACAAUCAACUCCUUUUCCACCUUUUUAGCUUUUAUUAACUCAUAUUUCGGUCAUCAGGAAUUUUCAAAAAAUUUCGGGUUUCAAUCAAAUUGCGCGUGGGGUGCAUGCACAAGAAACAUCAUAUCUGACGGGCUGACGUAGCUCUGGUAACGCUGUGAAGUAUGGUUUUCUGAAAGAAGAGUGUAUUAAUAAGGAUUUCAAUUACUUUUUUUCGAUAUACUUUUUUGAGUUCAAUAAGCUUUUUUUCCUCCCAGAAAUUUUUUUACUUUUUUUGUCAGGGUAACCUUUUGGUUUUUGUCUUUUUCUUCUUUAUUCUAGCAAAAUUUAUGUCUUUUUUUAUCAUUUUUUUCCUAAAAGUCCCUUUUUUUCACUCCAAACGUUUGGUUUUUCUGAAAACAGACUGCAUUGAAAAAUGAAAAAAAUUCAGCUUAUUUUUUUACAAACUUUAAAAAAAAAUUUUUAAAAACAGACAUGGUUUUGCUAUCAGAAAUUGUCACAUAUUACACAUUUUUUUGCAGAUGUUUGUGAACGUUCACCUUUUUUUCCAGAAUUAAUGUUCCCAGAUAUGGAUAAUCUUCCCUUUUUCUCACUGGGAACGCUGGAAAAACACGUUUUUGUGUAUAUUUUCCGAUCAUUUUCACUGGAUUUAGCCCCGUUUUUCGAUUCCUUACACCGUUUUGCAAGCUUAUCCCUUCAGUAGUUCGAGAACAUUGGCUGAAACGGCUCAAAAUUGUUUGUUUUUUUUAUGUUUUUUGAGCACUUUUUUUGAGACGAUAUCAAUUUUUUUUUGGGAUCUCAAGUGAAAAAUGAUCCACAGAAAUUUGAUUUUUGGUUUUUCAAAAGGUCCAAUAGUCAUCAGGGGACAUAAAAUCCUGAAAAAGGUACCUUUUGUGAUACUAAUUGAUACUUUCUUGGCAAAAAAGCGCUACUUUUUUGUUUUUUCCUAAUUUUUUUUUAUUUUUCGCUUUUUUUAACAGAUAAUUUUUCGGUUAUCUCUUCGAAAAUAAUGCUCUAGUGGCCACUUAAGAGGUCCCUCAAGGACUUCUUAAAGAUGACCCUAAAGUGAUCACUAUAACCACCCAUUUAGAAGCCACUAUUUUGCGAUUUAGUGGCCACUAUAGUAGUUUCAACAAAGAACUACUAAGGCUUCUAAAGAGGCCAGUACUUCGACUGCUAUAGUGGCCACUAAAACAUCAAAACCCUAAAGUGGCCGCCAAAAAUCUUCCCAGUUGUACAAAAAUUAGAUUUUAUUUCAUUCAAGAGUCCAAUAACCAUACAAAAAAAAAAUUAUGAUUCCCAAAAAAGGUCUUUAAUUGGCUUUUUCUUCCAAAAAAAGAGAGAUUUUCUGUUUUCGUACUUGCAAUCACGCUCUUUCUAAGCAAAAAGGUCUGUUUUCCAUCCCUGGCAAAGUAUGUGUUUAUAGUCUGGAUUGGUCCUUGAGAUUUGACAUUUUUUCCCAAAAUCUAAACAUAUUUUCUUGGUUUUGGUUGGAAUAGGUAAUGAGGGUGUUGGAUUUUUAAGUUAUGGAAUUUCAAGAUUCGCAAAUUUUUCUGAGAAGCUUCCUUCUUUAACUUCAAUUUUUUACUAUAAAUCUCGGUUUUUAAACAUCUCUUUAUCAUGUUUCCAAGAUCUGAAAUUUAAAAAAAGCUCAUUUUUUUGAAAACUUCAUUCAUGAUUUUUUUAUUUUUGAGCUCAAAUCUCUUGAAUUCCAAGUCGCAAGUUUUUUAAAUUUUUUUCAAAAUUUUUCAAAAUUUAAAAAGUUCUCUUUCCCAUGUCUUUAUAGCCAAGAAAAAAAGUUAGAAAUUAAGUUUUUUUCUAAAAACUUUAUCGAUAAGUGUCUUUUUUUGAGUUCAAAUUAUCGAAUUUCAAAUAAAAUUUUUUUAUAAAUUCAUAAAUUUCCUAAUUCCAUGGGCUAAAAAAAUUUGAAAAAAAGGUUGUAUUUUUCAAAAAAAAUGUAUCUAUACUUAUUAAUUUUUAAGUUCAAAACUCGAAUUUGUGAUCGUGAAAAAAAAUUUUUAAAAUCUCAUUUUUUUAUAAUUUUUUUGAGCCUAAACGCUCGAAAAAAAGCUCGUACUUUUGAAAAAAACAUCCAUAAUUGGUCCUCUUGAGUUUUGAUCCACAACUUUUGAAUAUCAGAAAUGCUCUCCUUCUCACGUUCUUUGAUCCCUUCGAACUUAUUUAUAACAAUUUCAGUUCUGGAUGUAGUUUAAGACCUCGCAGACGCCUAAUUUUACAUUUUCCAUCUGCUUAUUAGCCGAUUCUUGGCGCGUGUUUAUAGUUUUUCUUGCUGUUUUUGAGUGGGAAGCAGCUGGAUUGCUCCAGAUCCCUUCUCGGAGUGUUAUUUUCGGAUUUUUGAAACCUUUAAAAGGCGGUCCGAAGUCGGGAUCAGUCUUGAAUGCGCAUUUUUUGGAAGUCUUUGGGAUUAAAAUGAUUUUUUUUUUCUUUCUGUUUUUUUGGGCGGAAUAGAAAAUUUUUCCUCAAAUGGAUCUUGAAAGGUUCCGUAAAAGCUCUGCAAGUUAUCGCCCUCUCGGCGACUUGAAAAAUCAUUUUUUCCUUUUCUCGAUUUUUUUCCAGACUUUUUUGUCAUAGUAAGUGGAAAAGAAGCUAAAAAGGUGUGGAGAACAUUUUAAAAGAACCUUUCGAAUAUAUUCUUUGCAAUGUUAUCGUAGAAAAGGAAUGAGAUAAGUCCUCGUGUACCCAGAGAUGCAGAGCGAAAGACUCGUCAGCAUUGUCCAUUGGGCGACGUCGACUUCCCCUCAAGUACUAGAUUUUUCUUCAGUAUUAUCUUCUUUUCAGACUCUUCUUUUGAGUUCUAUCCUUCCAGUGAUACAUUUUUGAAGUUCCAUAUUUUCUUCAUCCGUCUUUCCAUAUGAUUGAACGUCUACGCAGCGUAAAUGCGAAGCGUAAAUCUCGUUCUCUUUACUCCUUUUACUCUCAUUUGAGCCUAAAAGAUGCUUACAAACGUGAAAAAUCUUAAGUUUACCUUAUUUAAACCAAUUUACUGUGUAAAGCUCAUGGGCGAGUUUUUUUCUUCUUCGAAACCACUAAGAACUUCUAGAAAGAAACGUUUUGCACAAAAAAAAAUCGGAAUUUUUUUUCACUUUUACCUUUUCAGUAACAUUUUUCUUCAGUUCCAUCUCCUUUUUAGUCGUCUUUUCUUAGGAUAUGCUUGAACGUUUACGCAGCGUAAAUGCGAAGGCGUAAAUGAAGCCUCAAAGAAAAUUUUUUUUUCUAUUCCCAUACUGAACUUAGAACGAAAAAUAUACUUAUGAACGUGAAAAAUCACUAAUUCACCGUCUUUAAACUCAUUUACGCUGCGUAAACGCUCAUUGGCGAGUUUUUACCUUCAAAAACUGAAUGAACGAACUUUAGAAAGAAACGUUUUGGGCAAAAACAGACUUGGAAUGAUUCUCAAAUCAAAAAUGGAGAAUUUUGAAAAAAGAAACGUAUUUUUCAAAAGAAAUAGCAAGAAAGGUGAUCAGAAAAUAUUCAAGUUAAGUGACGUAAAAAGCACUUUCUCCUUCAAAGUUUGAACUGUUGAAAACACAAUGAGCGACACCGACGGCUAAGCGGUUACUAUGAUACUGCGCCCGACCAAAAUCUACUUACGCAAAAAGUCAUUUAAAACUGUUCAAGGUGAACGUAAAAUUUUCAAUUGAAACCGCAGCGCGACCGCGACGCCUAAGCCAUUCCAAACGCGAAAUUUGAGGUUCAAAUAAAGAAUUUUGUUUUUUUGAACCAAAAUUGAGUAUCUAAGUCGAUAAUUGUCUUUUUUCUACAUUCCGGACUGUUUUUCUCGCUUUUUCUAAGCUCUAACAUGAGCAAUUCGGUCUCGUGAUGAGGAAUGGUGACAAAUCACUUGGCGACUUUCUCUGCGCCGUUUUCUCUUCUCCUUCUUUCCUUGUCUCGCGGUUUAUUUUUUCUUUCUCUCUCUCACUUUUCCAUCCCGGCGGUUUUCGAAGUUUGCACUCGGGAACUUUCUGAGACGUUUUUUGAGAGUUUGAUGAGAUUUCUAGGCUUUUUUUGAUUCAAGUUUUUUUAUUUUCAUUGGAAUAAAUUGAUUUGAGGUCACUCUGAAAAUUGAAUUUGAAAAAAAAUAUCAGGUCGAAUAUUUUGAGAGUUCAAACUUCACUUUUUCCUUCCGUUUUUUUGUUUUUUUGAUUUUUUUCAAGUUUUCAUUUUCUUGAUAAAACAGAUUUGUUGAACCAAAAAAAUACUUCUAAAAUUUGGAGAUUAAGUUUCAAUUUUUUUCGAACUUUAAAGUUUCAGAAAGUAUCGUUUCUAGUUGGAAAGUUCGAUGGAAAUGUGCGAAAUUCAAAUUUAUAAUCAGGAAAAAUAUGCGUUCAUUUACAUUUUUUUUUGUGAUUUGUGGCGUCUAAAUUAUUCUCCGAGAAGGUCUUUACUUGUUGAAAAUUUCGUCCUUGAAAAAUUUUCAAUUUUCGAUUUGAAAAUUCAAGUUGAAAAAAGAGCUCAGGGUAAAUAUUUUGGGAGUUCAAGCUUUAAUUUAGUUUUUUUAUCAGUUUUUGAUUCUUACCUUUCAGUUUUUCGAUUAGAAUUAUUCGAUUGAACCAAACGCUCUGUAAAAAUUUGAAUGCAAAAAUGAUUAAGUUUCAAAUUUUUGAAAAGAGUUGGGUUUCUGGUUGAGAAGUUCGAUGGAAAUGUGCGAAGUUCAAAUUUUCAGAGUAUUCAAAAUGAUUUAUGUUCACUGGGAUUUUUUUUUGUGAUUUGUGCCGUCGAAAUUUUUUUCGCCGAGAAGACCUAUAAUUGUUGAAAAUUUUUGUCCUUGGGAAAUUUUUCAGUAUUUAAUCUGAAUAUUGAAGUUGAAAAAAAAGGUCAAGUCAAAUAUUUUAAUUAAUAAUUCAAGCUUCAAUUUUCAUUUUUGUUUCGUUUUUUUAAAUUUUUUUCAAAAAUUUUUCUUCCAGUUUUUUUCGAUCAGAAUUUUUUUCGAUUGAACCAAACGCUAGGGAAAAAAAUUGGGAUGAAAAAAACGAUCAAUUUUCAACUUUUUCGGAAAGUUUUUUUAGUUGAAAAGGUCGAUGGAAACGUGCAAAAAAAUCAAAUUUUAAAAAAAUAUUCACGUUUAUUUUUGCUUUUUUUGUGAUUUGUGCCUUCAAAAUUAUUUUUCCAAGAAGUCCUAUUUGUUGGAAAUUCUGUCCUUGGCAACGGGAAAUUUUCAAUAUUUAAUUGCAUGUUUAGUUUUUUCUCCUAACCUUUUUCCUUUUUUAUUACGUUUUUCUCAAUUUUUUCAACUUUAAAAAUUAGAUAAAAACGAGUUUUUCCUGCUAAUUGAAUUAUCAUUGCAGGUCGAUUGCUAUUACCUGCAACGUGGCCUCGCCUCCCUAGUCGCCGAUGAGGUGAGAAACCUUUUUUGGACCAAAAUAAUCGUCUCUUCAAAAACCAUUAUCUUUUUCGAACUUAUGACUUUUUAUCAUCGAUAAGAAAUCACAUCAGAUUAUUUUCCCCCUGCACCUUUUCAUUGAUGAAUUUUUGAACGUUGUGCGAACUUUUUAGUGGCCACUAUAGAGGCUCGGCAAGAACUACUUGGAGAGGGCACUAAAGUGGCCACUAUUUUCCGUUUUAGUGGCCACUCCAGUAGUUUUUCAUCCAGUAUUCCUACCAGUAACUCUGAUAAUUUUAAAACAAACAGAUUGGACCAGUUAUGUUGAUCCAUUGACCCCUAAAGUGGCCACUAAAGUUUUUUAGUGGUCUAGUAGUAGCACUUAGACCUCUAUAUUGACCAGAAAAACGAAGCUUUUCUGUUUCAGGUCGUGGUGAAUUCGAUGGUCGACCAGGCGUUGUCCUCCGCCCUGAAACGAUGCGUGGACCCAGUUUUAGUGCAUCCGUCGAGGCUGGCCCAACUCUGUGAGCAGCUCCCCGUGCAGUUGGGCCAGCAACGGACCUCCUCCUCUCUUGGCUAUUGA